GUUCCACGCAAUUUCCGCCUCCUUGAGGAGCUCGAAAAGGGCGAAAAGGGUCUUGGCGAUGGAUCGUGCUCAUACGGCCUCGACGAUGGGACCGACACCCUCAUGUCUAACUGGAACGCUACCAUUAUCGGGCCUUCACACUCUGUCCACCAGAAUAGGAUUUACUCGCUCAGCAUCCACUGCGGUGAGAGCUACCCAGACCAGCCGCCUACGGUGCGCUUCGUGACGAGGAUCAAUCUCCCUUGCGUGGGUGGGGAUGGAAAGGUUUCCGACAAGUCGUUCCCCGUCUUGGCCAAGUGGAAGAGGGACUACUCGCUCGAGACGAUCCUUGUUGAGCUGAGGAGGUGA